AUGAGCUGUUGUACUGAUGUUUUGGUUUUUUUCACGGACCGCAGGAAGCCGGGCGAGGUGCUUGAAUCGCACAGGCGUCGGGCGGUGGUGGUUUGGACUGGGUCGGUGGUCGCCAUCUUCGCAUACUCCGGCUGGCUGUGCUACAAAGCAGCGGAGAAGGCAAAGGCACCCGACACGUCUUUCGUAUUGACGAACGUCGUAUACAAGUACCCCGAUCUCUGGAUUUGCCCGUACGUGAACUACGGCUGUGACGCCUGGGAACUCGAGGAGGAGUGCGUGGAUUCUGCGUGGAUGACCGAAGGGGGCGAACCGGACGCGGUGUUCUACCCCAGGGAAAAAUUGGACCAGCUCCACCAAGUAACGACCGAGGAGCGAAAAAUCGCUGCUAUCCCAGAUUUGACCAAUUUUGACAGCGAAGGGAACUUCGUGGAAGAUGGGAGAGGCCACUGCGUGAUUUUCGAGACGUCGGCUGCGACUGACUUCGUUGGACAAGAACGGGAUUCCCACGAGUACCUGGAUUACAUCCAUUUAGACAUGUACUGGUACCCCGGCGGCAAAUUUGGAAACUCCACGACGUGCGUCGCUGAAGGGGUAGAGUGGGCGGACCACAGGGAGUGGGUUUAUGGCUUCCUGAGCGACCCCGAGGACUCGACAGCGAUUUCAACAGGAUUUCCGUUGUCCUACAGCUGCAUCACGAAUACCUCCAACACCCAUAUCUUUAACACGCUCGGCAUUGGGCUUACCAACCAGAACAAGUUCAUGGAGGAUGACAUUUCAUCGUACAAGGCGCUAUUUACGAAUUUCGGGGUUCACAAGAAUACGGUGAACCCAAACGUCACCAUGCCAUACGCCCACCUGUCUCUGGAGAUGAAACAGCAGGCUGACUCUUGGGAGAUCAUCACAGAGUCUAACCCGUACGAGUUCGCCGAGAUGUUCGGUAAUAUUGGCGGGUUUUGGGAUCUUCUUCUCAUACUGUGGCCCUUAUGCUUCGUCACGGCCACUCAACAAGAUCCCCACCUCAAGCCUCGCACCUUCAAGAAGUCAGUCAUCAGGGGGGCCGAACGCGCGGCGGGUGUUACCAAAGUGAUCGCGCGUGCGGCACCUGUAAGACACUCCAACGCAAUGCCGGGGGUAGAUGGCUUCGAAGACCAAGAAGAAGUGCCCGCGUGGGAGGGACAACCUGUGCAGCGACAACAGCCCCCCCAGUCAGCCACCAACUGGCAGGAAGCGCACCGCUGUUGACCUCGUCCCCGGGGUAGGGCGUAAUAAUACUCUCACGUCUUGAGGCCGAAAGCACCUCACGAAAGGUAUUCACAUCAAGACAUCGAAAGUGGGGAGUUGCAGAUGACUUGAUCGCUGCUUGUUGGCCGAUCGCCCUGGUGUAGUUUAUCGUUCAACCAGAAACGGUCUGGGUAAUUUUUUCGCUGGUGUUCCUCGUGUGACGUUUGCUUGUUGUUCCCGUCGGUACGAUCGAUCUCACAGCCACACCUUCACUUUUCCCUCCCGUUGUUUCCUGCCCUGUUCCCUUGAUCACGCGGGAUAUUGGCCACACCGUCCUUCUGCCUGGUUGACACGAAACGACCUUGUUCUUGUGAUGGAAGACAAACCACGAACAACAUUGACCCACUGUCACCACCAGGGGAACGCCUUGCGAAGAGCAGGCAACAGCUUCGGCGCGUGGCGUGCUGAGGUUAGAAAGUAUUUAUGUUGGCUCUAUAUCUCGACUUAUUGGAGGGCGGCGUGCCGCAUGGUGUUUAUACAUAUGGAAUCAAUUUUGCGGAACGACGCGCCGGGAAAACGUUGGCUGCAUGUUUUGAGUGUACAAUAUCAGGGUAUUCGCACGGCCUCAAGUCGAAAUGUGAUGAAGUACGAAUCGUGAUGAAGUAAACUGAGAGUUAUGUUUUGGGUAUUUUCACGCAAUAGGGUGAAAUACGGUACUUCCAACCGAACCGAAGAGCCCCCUGUUUACUCCAAGAUCGUAUGGUUUUGGUUUCAAUGGCCGACGUCGAAAAGAGAAUCGACUUAUGUGAUUCUUGUCUUGGUGGUGUGGUGCUGCAGAAUUUUUACAUGAGAAAUGAGCAAAAGCUUUUGGUUCUUGCUUUUGCUGUCUUGGAGACUACUCUUUCAUGUUCGUUAGAUGUUGUUCAUAUCUGUGCUUCUAGUAAUGGUACACACCGUAUUUGCCUUUGCAUGGCUUCUGUUGUGUAGUACUCCUCGAUCUCGUCCUUAGACGAGGUGAUGGUUUUGGUUUCAAU